GGAAACUAUUUAGCACUGCACUUUGUACUUCAGAAAAAUUCAUCCCUGAAAUCUUCUCCAAAAGUGUGAAUUUUCAUGAACACACAAAACCAAGGUCAGGUGAUUUUACAGUCCUGUGUGCAUCUAUUUCUUCAGCACCCACAUGCAGACAUUACUUCUCUACAUAAAUUAGUUCUUUCUGGUCAUUAAUAUUCCUCUCACAUUGAAGAGGAAGAGUGAUAAAAAUGUAAUGGAUGAACCGGUGGUACAAGAGCAUUUCUCUCAGCUCAUGAGAGGCAAGAGCUGUGGUGGCAUUGCUGCCAUGGUGUCACAAGGAACCGGGGGGAUUCUAGAGUCUCCAUCCAUCCAUCACCAGGCCCCUGCCCUCUGCAGGCUGCUCAGCAGAGCAAAGAAGCCAGGCUUCCACUUGCUCAGCUGAAAACCCCUGCCCAAGGGAACACACUACUGCCUGCUACGGAGGGACGUUUACCUGCUGUAGCUAAAAAAAGAAGGCACGCCAGCCUGGCAUCCUACUGAGAAGGAAGCCCUCUGCAGCACUGCUUCUCAGGUAGCUCGGCCUUUCCGUCCAUUAUACCACUGGGACUUCUGACACACUUUCCAGCAUUUGGCCUCAGCUGGAGAGCAGAAGAGCCAGCCUGCCCUGCAGGAAGACACUCUGCAGGAGAAUAAGGACGGUCACACGAUGAAUACCAACCUCAGGUUGGGGUGUGAACCCGAGUUCAACCACAACGUGCCAUGGAACCACCGCCGUUACUCGGACUCCAGCUGCGCAGGGGGAAAGUACUACUUCUCCAGGAACAUCCCCCACCCUCGGAUGGUCUGCCACAUCCCAGGCUUAAAUAAUGUUCCAGUCUGUAUUGUAAGAAACAGCUUUUUACAAGAACAAGCACAUGCUGACGUAACAGCCAUCCCCAAGCAAGAAGCCAAUCAAGAGCGUGUGCUAAGUGGGAACGCUGCGGGGAGCUCGCUUGCCAGCAGCUACCUUCCAAGGCUCGAGGCUCUCAUGCAAAGGGCGCCAGGCUCUUCACAGUUUGUGACACAAAACAGAGAAGGACUUGCAGAUGUUCCUAAAAGGACUCAAAGCAACCCUACUUCACCUGAAAAGCUUUUGAAAAAGCGAUGCCAAACCUCUGCACAACCUGCAGCUGUGCAGGGAGCCCACAAGUCUCUCACCCAGCCUUCCUCUCCGUUUGCCAACUUGACUCACAGUCCUUCAGUUCAGGAGAACGUGAAUUUCAUCCCAAGCUACCUGGAUCGGGAAAUAAAGGUGCUGGAAAAACUGAGCAAAGUUUUACAGACAGAUUCGCUUACAGAGAUCCAGAAAUGGCUCUUGAGGGCAAGCCUAAAAGAGAAAGACUUAAUGUCCAACCUGAUUUACUCAGAACUGGCUGACAAAGACGUGCUGAAUAAUCAGCCCCACGCCAUGAAGGAAGGCGCAGCAGAGAACACGAAUAUCCACUGUCUGCUAAAGCCUCACCCCCCUCCUUGGAGAGGUCCAGAAAGGGAAAUGAAUAACAGGCCUUCAACUAAAGAAUCAGAAGCAAGUCAAAACAUGAAGCAUGAAAAAGAUGCAGAACGUAUUAUAUUCUCAAGGCUGAGAAACAGAUGUCCAGCACACGCAGACACAUUGUCCCCAGGGAAGAACCUUGGCCAACAGAGAUGGAAAUGGAAACAGGAGAGAGUCCUGCUUUCACACCCCCCCAGACAACAGACGCCUCCCUUCCAGGGGAGUCCCACCUCCUCAUAGCCACUAAAGCAGCUGCUAGUCACCUUUACAUACAAAAAAGUAUACUUACAGAUACAAAGAUUAUAAGAGAUGUAAAGACAGCUGUUCAGACUCUUUUAAAAUAAUUUUCUGCUCAUUAAAUUUGAUCUUCAUAUGAUUCAACCAAACCAUUCUGCAUAAAUACAUGUGAAGUG